AUGUCGGAACUGUUCUCAAUUCCCGCCAGCCUGUGGGCCCAAUGCCUUACCGUUUUAGCAUUGCUUUUUAUGACAAGCCUCAUUUGGAAUCUGUUCUUUGCGCGAUUGAGAACCUUCCCCGGUCCAGCACUGGCCAAGGCCACGGACUUUUGGCGUGCAUUUCAUACCUACCGUGGACGUGUCGAUCUGAAGCACGUCGAGUUACAUCGCAAGUAUGGGACAGCCGUGCAGAUAGGUCCGAACUGCGUGAGCAUUUCGGACCCUAGUCUCAUUCGGACGAUUUACUCGACGCGCAAUCCGUGGAAGAAGAGUGAUAUGUAUCGCCCGAACGAUGUUCUACUUCAAGGCCACCGAAUUUCAAACCUCUUUAAUACACAGGAUGAAGAUUGGCAUAACCAGAACAUUCGCCCGAUUCGAAGUCUGUGGACUAUGACCAAGGUUUUGGAAUAUGAGCCUCUUAUCGAUGAGACUUUGAACAAAUUUGUGGACAAGCUCGCUUUGAAAUUUGUGGAUGGCAAUAGCGCAGGGAAGGUCUGCCCUGCAGAUGAAUGGAUUGGUUUCUUUGCAUGGGAUGUCACCGCCAAUUUCAGUUUUGGCCGCCAUUAUGGCUUCCUUGACCAGGAGAAGGAUGUUGAUAAUCUUAUCACCGACUCAACUGCCGGUCUGAUGUAUUUCGCACCGGUCUCCCAAAUCCCAUGGAUUGACAAUUUGCUCGACAAAAACCCGAUCAAGCGCAUCGGUCCAAAGCCUACCUUGACUGGUGUGCUAUACGCCUUCAAGGUCGUUGCCGAGUAUCAAGCCCAACUAGCUGAGAAGAAUACCUCCACAGGCACCGUUGACCACACACUUGACAAAUAUGUUCAGCUAAAGGAAACAUACCCAGACGUGGUAGACGACAACCAAAUCGUAAACUGGCUAAUGCUAAGCAUUCUCGCCGGAGGCGACACAAGCUCUGCCACCAUGCGAGCCGCAGUAUACUACCUGGCCAAGACACCAUCAGCAACAACAAAGCUCGUAGCCGAACUAAAUGCCGCUGGUAUCUCUGCCCCUGCAUCCUGGAAGAGGAUCCGCGAUUUAUCCUAUCUGGACGCCGUCAUUCGCGAGACUAUGCGCAUGAAUCCCGGUAUUGCCAUGGUAUUCGAACGUAUCGUUCCAGAGGGUGGAUUCACGCUUCCUGAUGGGCGGUAUCUCCCUGCAGGCACGAAAGCGGGAAUUAAUCCUUUCGUCACAAACCGGGACUAUGGAGUUUUCGGCGAGGAUGCUGAUACCUUCAAACCUGAUCGUUGGCUGCAGGGCGAGGAUGAGAGCCCUGGGCACUUUGAGGAUCGCCAGCGGCGCAUGAAGGAUACUGUCGACUUUAUUUUCGGUGGCGGUGGUCGUGUCUGUAUGGGUCGCUACCUGGCUAUGCUGGAAAUCAAGAAGUUGAUUGCGACGCUUUAUAGCUCGUUCGACAUUCAACUAGUAAACCCCAAGCAUGAGUGGAAGUAUCGGAAUGCCUGGUUUGUGUAUCAGUACGAUAUGCCGAUGUUCAUCCGGCGCCGAUGA